AUCAAUUCAACCAUCCAUCCAUCCAUCCAUUCAUCCAUCCAUCCUCCCUCCGUGCCCGGCCCUGACAGCAGCAGCAUCUUCCCUGCUGUCAGCCGAUGGCGCCGGCCGGUCAGCUGCUCCUCCAUAACAAAGAGCUUCCUGUCAUGAUGACGUCAGUCACGAUACAUUAGCUCCAUCACCUCUGACAGCCAGUGAUGCGAUUAGUCUUAUUUGACAACAACAGCAUGGGAUUACUUCCUGUUGGGAUUAUCUGAUAGUAAUCAUUUACAGCUGGAUAUAACCCACCUCCAUUAGCCUGGUGUCUGCCAGCCUUGUGGCCCACAUGUGGUGUCCAGACUGUGGCCUGUAACCCAGACCUCCACCUGGCAGCUGAGCUGGGGAAGACUCUGCUGGAGAGGAACAAGGAGCUGGAGGACUCGCUGCAGCAGAUGUACAUCAGCAAUGAGGAGCAAGUGCAGGAGAUCGAGUACUUAUCGAAGCAGCUGGAGGUUCUGCGAGACAUGAACGAGCAGCACGCCAAGGUGUACGAGCAGCUGGACGGAACCGCCAGAGAACUGGAACGUACCAACCACACACUGGUGACGGACAGCAAGACCUCGCAGCAGAAGAUAGAAAGUCUCACAGGAACUAUUGAGUCCCUGCAGAACCAGGUAGAGACCCUUUCUGGCCAGGUGGAGCAGCUGCGCUCCAUGGAACAACUAAGAGUCAAGAGGGAGAAAAGAGAACGACGCAAGACCAUCCACUCCUUCCCUUGCCUGAGGGAGCUCUGCACAGCUCCUGGGUACGAGGAUGAGUUCGUAGUGGGUAGGGCCGAGAGCUUCACCGUGGAACCAAAGCGUCAGCCGUUCGAAGAAGAGAACCAACACCUGAGGGAGGCGGUGUCAGCCCUGCGAGCUGCCGUCCGGACAGAGAGGGGACGCAGAGAGGGCGUGGAGAGGGAGUGCAACCUCCUACUGGCGGAAUAUUCAAGGCUGCAGGGACGAGUGCAGGAUGCCGAGGGCCACCAGGCCAGAGUACGUGAGCUAGAGGUGGAGCUGCAGGAGCUGCAGCAGCUCCGUCGCGCUCGGACUUUUCUUCUGAGUGGUGAGGACGACGGUGUGACUCUCACCCAGACUGUCCUCAACAGCACACCGGAGACCGACACAUUCCUGGAUGUGGAGGUUGUUGAGACAGGGGGAGGCAUAAGGGAGGAGAGUGAAGGUGGAGGUGGAGUCGGAGGUGAGGCCUUACCCGAGUCCAACCCUGUGAGGAAAAGCUGCAGCGACACAGCCCUCAAUGCCAUCGUGGCCCGGGAUGCGUCCGGUCGUAGGAGAGGCAGCUACGCCCUACAUGCUAACAGUGUGAGGAAAAGAGGGAUGUCCAUCCUGAGGGAGGUGGAUGAGCAGUACCACACGCUGUUAGAGAAAUACGAAGAGUUGCUCGGGAAAUGUAGACGCCACGAGGAGAGCCUCUGUCAUGCGGAGGUUCAGACUUCCAGGCCAGUCUCCCGGGACCCCUCCAUGAAAGACUGUGCCAUGGGCCCCAUUCCGGUGCCACCUCCAACCCCAAACCAAUCGCCCUCCACACCUGAGGCCAUCGAGAGCAUCAGUAAGCAGGUGGAGGCGGUAGAUAAACGUCUUGGCCAAAACACACCAGAAUACAAGGCUCUUUUUAAGGAGAUCUUCUCUCGUAUCCAGAAGACAAAGAUGGACAUCAAAGCUUCCAAAGCUGCUAAAGCUAGCAAGUCUGGAAAAUCUGGGAAAUCUAGUAAACACUAAUGGUUUGCUGAUGAGCUAUAACAGGGCGCUGCUAGUGCUUAAAUGACUAAAUAAGAUGAUUAAACUGUGGAGGCAGAGUUAUAGUCGUCCUGCCUGCGUGUCGAUGUAAGGUUUAUCCAUGUGACUCCAAGGUCAAUGUCCAGCCUUACAAGGUUGUUUGUUUAGCAUGAAUGGAACCAGAUGAGUUCAUACCUAACGUACCAAGCGCCUUGCGAACAGGUUGAGGUACAGUAUGACUAAACCCUAACCUUCCUCAGUGUGGGUGCUAUGG